AUGAACUGGUUUCUGAAAAACUGGCUACUGGUAUCAACAAUAAUUGCAGUAGUAUUUGGUGCCUUAUUUGGAUUCAUAUUACGUUCACUUAGUUUAAGUCCGCAAUCCAUCAUGCUUAUCAGUUUUCCGGGAGAAAUUUUGAUGCACAUGCUCAAAAUGAUGAUUCUCCCACUUAUCACCAGUUCACUUAUAUCAGGCUCUCUGGCCAUUCUAUAUUAUUUUGUUACAACAGCAGUUGCUGUCGUGACUGGCAUAUUCCUCGUACUAAUGAUUCAUCCCGGUGAUCCCAACAUUAAAGAAGAUUUAGGUGAAGGAACCGAAGGAAAAACAGUCAGUACAAUAGAUACAUUCUUGGAUUUGAUAAGAAAUAUGUUUCCUGAAAACAUCGUUCAAGCAUCGUUUCAACAGGUACAAACAAAGUAUAUUGAAGUUAAACCGAAAAUAUUGAAAAAAAAUACCACUGAAUUGCAACUUGCAAUCAGUAACGGUUCAAUGAGCAUUCUCAAACCUACUGUUGAGUAUACAGCUGGAAUGAAUGUAUUGGGUAUUAUCGUAUUUUGCAUUGCUUUUGGAAUCGUUUUAAGUCAACUUGGUGAGCAAGCUCGUGUCAUGGUAGAAUUUUUUGCAGUGAUGGAUCAAGUUAUAAUGAAACUUGUUAUGAUGGUCAUGUGGUAUUCUCCCAUUGGCAUUCUCUGUUUAAUUAUGGGUAAAAUUUUGGAAAUUCGAGAUCUAGCUGAAACAGCGAAGAUGCUUUUCAUGUAUAUGUUAACUGUACUUUCCGGUCUAAUUAUUCAUGCUCUCAUAACUUUACCAACAAUCUUUUUUCUUUGUACUCGAAAAAACCCUUUUGUCUAUAUGCGUGGAUUAUUACAAGCUUGGAUUACAGCACUUGGAACAGCUUCGAGUUCCGCAACAUUGCCACUGACAUUUCGUUGCUUAGAAGAGAAUCUUGGAAUUGAUAGACGAGUAACGCGAUUCGUUUUACCCGUCGGGGCGACUAUCAACAUGUUAUCUUUUGGUCAAGUGGUUACAGUUAGCUUGACUGCCACCUUAGCUUCAGUUGGAGCAGCUUCUGUGCCUUCUGCUGGCCUUGUUACUAUGCUUAUUGUUCUCACAGCAGUUGGACUUCCUGUUAAAGACGUAUCUCUUAUAGUUGCUGUUGACUGGCUUCUUGAUCGCAUAAGGACAUCGAUUAAUGUUCUUGGUGAUGCGUUUGGAGCCGGAAUUGUUCAUCACUUUAGCCGUGAUCAUUUGGCUGCUAUGGAUGCAGAACAUAAACUUUCACAUCAAAUAUUUGAUGACCAUGGUAAUAGUGAACUAAUAGUUAACAAUAUUUAA